GUAAAUGGACAGCACGGAACUCCUCCUUUACUUCGCCAACUGAUCAUGCUCGUUCCCACUGCGUGCAGGCAACAGAAAUAGAUUCCAAUAUGCGUGCAAGGGAACAGCUGCCACGUUGCUCCAUCAGCAGCUCUCAGACCACAAAAAUAUAAAAGCACAAAGUGCAUUUGGUUCGGAUAAUCUGCGUCCUGUUGGCAUUAAGUGCAUGAGAUAGACGGUGCAUAAGAAGCCCACGUGGACAGAAAGCUUGUCCACAAACAUUAUUUGCUUCUUGUCCUCCUCCACGUAAAUAAUAUAUGGUCCCUGAAACGAAGACACAAAAACCAUUGUUUGCAAUUUAAUCAGCUAGCAAAAUAUCAUAUCCUUCUUCCUUCCAAGUCAAAAAUUGAACCGGAAUUUAAAACCAUAGGCAACUUUUCUGUGUUGGUGAUAGUUUAAAUUCAACAAUUAAAUGAUUAGAUUAAAUGUCUAUUGCUCACCAAUUCCCACUGCAAGUGCACGACAAGCCAGACCAAGCAGCAACUAUGGCUCACUGAUCGUCCGUAAUUUCAAAGCCUCAAAUUUUUCUCAUCGGAUUUCCAUCAAAGUUAAGGCUAUAAAAGACGAGAUGAACGGAGAAACAAGCGGAUCUUCAGGACGUAGCUGGGAUCCUGGGUUGGAAAUUGAGGUCCCUUUUGAGCAGAGGCCGGUAAAUGAGUAUUCAUCUUUGAAGAAUGGAAUGUUGUAUUCAUGGGGUGAACUGGGUCCGGGGUCGUUCUUCCUUCGCCUUGGAGGUCUCUGGUUGGCAGUGUUUACGGUUCUUGGAGCUCCAAUUGCAGCUGCAAGCUUUAAUCCUUCUAGAGAGCCUCUAAGAUUUAUACUAGCUGCUGGAACAGGAACACUCUUCAUUGUGUCUUUGAUUGUCUUGAGGAUUUAUCUGGGUUGGAGUUAUGUUGGUGAUAGACUUCUAUCAGCGGUCAUUCCUUAUGAAGAAAGUGGAUGGUAUGACGGACAGAUGUGGGUCAAGCCGCCCGAGAUCCUAGCUCGUGAUAGGUUGUUGGGCUCUUACAAGGUUAAACCAGUAGUUAAACUGCUGAAGCAAACUCUAGUUGGAACAGGAGCAUUACUUGUUACAGGGGUUAUGCUAUUUAUCUUUGCUACACCAGUGGAGAAUUUUCUUCGAACCACCUUUACCACAGAAGAAAGUAAGUCAAUUGUUCAAGCUCCCAAGGUUAACACAAAGUUCAACCUAAGAAAGGAGGAGUUGCUUAAAUUGCCUGUGGAGGUGAUAACUGAUGAUGAUUUAGCAGCAGCUGCUGCUGAGGCUGCUGAUGGAAGACCUGUAUACUGUAGGGAUAGGUUUUAUCGAGCAUUAGCUGGAGGGCAGUACUGCAAAUGGGAAGAUCUGCUCAAAUGAAGGAUGAAAAAGAGGCAUGAGUAAAUCAAUUUCAUUUUCUAAAUGUAGUUUGUGAUUUGUGGUGACUGUAUGACUGACCCAAGGCCAUAUUCCGUUAGUUAAGAAAACUGUUUAACUCAUUCAAAGCAAAAGCAAAGCCUGAAAUAGACGGUGAAGAAACAAAAAGAAAAGAUCAAAUCUGACAAUGACUUGACAGUAUGAAACUACAUGUCAUAUUACUAUUUGCAUAUAAAUGCAGAAGGAAGAGUAACAUGUUUAAGAGGGGGGAAAUGUGAAUAAGAAAAACAGGAUUAAAUAUAUUGAUAUAUACUAUACACAAGUGGACACAUGUAAGACUCACAUGCCCAUGGGGAAAGUCUAUGCAAGCAGAAGUUGUAUGUGAUGUUCCAUUAGUUAUGAUGAUCAAGUAAAUUACAGGAAGUCUUUAGCUC